GUCCUUCACAGUACAUCGGUCAAGUAUGGAGUGGUUGUGCGUGUCACUGUCCACUGAUGACAGUUCUCGACAUCUCUCAAGAACUGUUACAAUGAUAAACAGAAAAGCAUGAGUGGCACAGCGGAAUUUCGACGUACUUCACAUCCAAGUGUCCGAUAUAGUAUAUAAACAUUAUGAGUAACAAUUCUUAAUUUGGCAAUCUCACGGGAAGAAAACGGCAUCAUCAUGGAAGAAAACGAACUAAACAACAUUACAGUCUCAUCUUUCCUUAGUAUUGAACCAGCCUUUUGGAAUUAUUCUGAUCAUGUCAUCUUGGAUGAUCUUAAAAUGGACAGCAACUUUGUAUGGUUGCUAUGUUCAUUAGUAUCUGCCAUAUCUUGGAUUAUUUAUAUUGCUUAUUAUAAUAGUAGAGUGACUGGUUACAUAUUGACAAAAUUGUUAAAUCGAUUUGUUAUUAGAGACGGAUAUGUUAAAGUUGGAUCUUUCACACUGAAUGCUCUAAGUGGAAAGAUAAUGUUUAGAGAUAUAGUUUAUAUUACAACAGAUUAUAGCUUCAGAAUUCAGGAUGGUUGGCUUAUAUUUAGAUGGUGGAGAAGCUACGUCCCUAAAGAUGUAUCAGAAGAUCUUUCACAUUCCGACACUCGACUAUCGGUUAUGCUAAACGGCUUCGAAUUACACGUCUAUAAUCGCUGUCAGCUCUAUGCACAAUUGGAAAAGAUGUUUGGCCUUACACCGCAAAUGUUUUCCGACGAGGCGAGUAACAAUGUGAACAUCGACGACCGAGACGGCGAGACUGUAAGCAACGCGGCGAACGAAAUUCGCCAUUCGCAGAUCAAUGCGAUCGAUGUGUCGCGUCAUGUGGACAACAUCAGGAAGAAAGAGGCUCACGUGAUCGCGCGUACCUGGAGAGACCUGAUACCGGUUAUCAAGUUAGACAUCUGCACAGGAAGACUGGUAUUCGGUAAUCGUUUGGUACCGACUACGUUGUCGAUUACCGUGGAGGAGGCGCAUUUUGUAUAUUCUACGAAACCGGCAGCGUCCAGGCACGAUCACUUCAUGCACUUCACCAAGUGCAAGGCGGAGAAUUUCAAAGUUAUCUUGGCGCCCAGCCCGAAGUACACCGGUAUGGUCGACGAUCCGCCUAGGUAUAUGGGAGAGGGCUUCGUUAUCUUAAGUUCCAACAAUAUGGAGGUGUACUAUUACAUGGACGAGCCUGGUGUCGUGCCGGAACAUCCGGAGAUGAUACAGCUGGUGAACGGCGACAUGGUGGAGGCGAUGCCACCCAUAUGGGGCAUCGACAUCAAGUGCGGGAAAGGCACAGAUUUCAGUUAUGGCCCUUGGGCCGACAGACAGCGCGAGCAUCUGUUCAAGUUCUUCUUCCCCAACGACUACCAGCCGCUGAAGGUCACGAAAUCGCCCAUUCCGGGCGACAAGAGACAAGUACAGUCGUUCGACAUCAGACUGUCGACACUGAACGAGGCGACGAUCGACAUACUGUUCAGUAAGAACCGGGAGACGAAUGCCGUUCACGUGAACGUAGGGCCAGGGUCGUAUUUGGAGAUCACGAUGCCAUGGAUAGUGCUACAGGACGGAUACACCACGAAGAUCACGGGUCAAUUGUUGCACCUGGAGGCCACAACCAGUCUGCAGUAUCGGAGUUUGGUGGAGAGCGAGACCUUGGAGUUCGGUGUGAAGUGUCACUAUCCCAUCAGAUGGAACGACCAUCAGGAGUGGACGCUGAACUUGACCGGGUGCAAAGCGACCGCCAACUUGGUUUAUUCGCACAAAGACUUCUUCCAAGACAUGAUCAACGACUGGGCGAGCAAAGCGAGGCCCGACAUUCUACACUUCGUCCCGUACACGUGGAAGUUCAGUCUGCUCCUGAAGGAGUUCGAACUGAUCACCGUCAGCAACGAGUACAAUUGGAUCGACUGCUCGUCGCAGAACCAAGAGAACGCGCACAUCGCUUUCUGCGGCGAAUUCUUCGACCUGUCGUUCGAUCUUCCAUUCGUCGAUUUUCUGCCGGUCACGAUACCUCUGCGCUUUUGGAUCCAAGGGGAGAGCGUCGACCUUUCCUUCUACCUGCCGGAGGUUAACACCAACCGUAUUAUUUUAUUAGCGCUAGACAAGAACGCAAAGAUCAUGACACGCGAUGGAUCUCACAAGCACCUGCAUGAACUGAACAGGGGCAGGAAAUGGCGGAACUUUUGCCAGAAGGAGGCGGGCUGGGUGGACUGUUGGUCCGUGCCGAUCGUGGCUCUGAGUAUCAAUUACACUUACCACCCGUGUCCACCUCUGGGCCCCACGCCGCAGGCCAACAUCACGACACCGGAGAAGGAGGAGAUUCUCUUGUCGCCCAUGCGAAUCCCAAAGUGCAGGAAGUCGCCGGGCCUGCAAUGGGCGAGGAACGGCACGCAGAAAUUCGACCCGCAGUCCAUAGCGUCCGACAAGGUCAGCCUGGAGCUCGAAAUCGGCCCGUCUAUAUUAAUCUUGUACGGGUCUCUGCUGAAGAACUUCAUGCACCUGAAGGAGAACUUGUUCGGCGACUACCAAGCCUUCACCGACAUGCAGCAAAGCAGAGCCAGCUCGGCGGCCGCGAACGCGGAUAGGAACAAGGAUAAGGACGUGCAGAACAGCAGCAUCGAGGCGUCCAUGGAAGACGAGGAGAUCAAAUCCAAGCCGUUCGACCCGAGGGAGUACAGGCCGCUGGAGGUGACGGUGGGCGUCACCAUGCACGACAUUCAGGCUCACCUGAUCAAGAACUGCAACGAGAACGACCCACCGUGUCCGGUUAUACUUCUGGAGCGUUUCGGAUUCGAGAUGAGGAAAAGUUACAAGGAGACCGAGCUUCAGCUCUUGCUGUCGCCCGCCAUCGCAUUGGUCACGGAUAACGUAGCGAGAUCCGGCAAGGAGCAUCAUUUGAAUCAGGGUCACCUGAUGCUGAGCGCGCUGCAAGUCCGGGGCCACGCUAUGUUCAGCAACGAAGGACGAAGCCUGGACCAGGAGACGUUGGAGUACGCGUGGUUGAUCGAGGUGCAGCUGGGUAAGCUGAGCGGCAAGAUCACCUCCCCUCAGCUACACCACUUCGUCACGUCGUUGGAGACUUUCUUAUUAAUGGCGAAGAACACCGAGAACGGCUUGCGGCCGCCCAAUUUGCCCUUUCAUUGCCAUCAUGGUCUUCCUCCGUUGCAGUGCCCGGAGAGCGACGUCGACAAGCAUUACAGGUGUCCGAGUUCCGAGGACAUCAAGUAUAGAAUGACAAGACUGUCCAUAGACUCUGUGGAUUUGUAUUUCCAAGAAGUAGGCACUGCCGUGCAAUUUUGGAUAUCUCCGAUCCGUGUUUCCACCUGUAAUCUCCACGGACAUCAGGUGAAGUCGGGCGUCACCGCCGUUCUACCUACAAUAUUGAUUCGGCAAUUUGUGUCCGCAGCUGAUUACUUCGCGAAUACGAGCAAUACUAAUACAACCGGCAGCGGGAGAUCUCAUAACAAUGCAAGCAGUCGAAUGUCAGGUGAUGGAUCGGAUAUAUGGCUCGAAGUGGGGUCGGUAUCUUUGGGCCCGGUAAUCUUAGAAGCCGCGAUCUCUCUUCCAACUCCAGAGCACAAUUUACACUUAGUACAAAACAAAUAUUUAAAGAUGCACGACGCGACAACGAAGCGUUUGUGGUUCUUAUGGCCGCAAGAAAGCGGCGUCAAGUCGACGAAGUGCGGCUGCAUCGGUGGUUGUGUGUUCUUUGGCAAUAAUCGAAAUGGACCAAGAUUUUUCAAGCCGAGCUACCAUGAUCUCCAAGAUGGUAUCAAUAUUGCUGCCUAUAGAAUUCACGAACCUGGCAAAGAGAAAGGAUUUGGACAGUCGAUUUUGCACGACGGUCAAUUAGUAUUCCACACACCCCCGUACAGUUUACAGGACGUGUCUUUGCAGGACGUAUGUUAUCCUGCCACAGGAUUGAAAGUGACAGUCAGUCAAGAUGGCUCGCAAACUGCGAAGAAGAGUGCUGAACGGCCACGAUCUGUGACCGAUCACAGCAAGGAAGAAAACAGUAGUACAAAAUUGAACGUUGCUUCCGCAAGUCCGUUAAUAUCGAGUGUGGAUAGGAAACCGUUGGACAGGAGAUUUUCUUACACAUCGAUGCGUGGACCAAAUGUGAAAGACGUACCAUAUUCUCGUCUGAUCGACGCCAGUCCCGUGGCUCAGUUGCCUCAGAAAUUAGAUUCCGAUUCGAAACUGAACGCGGAACGCAGCAAAUCCAUCCUGAGCGUGCCGGAGAUCGAGACCGCGCCGAAGAGUAGCGUAUCCGACUCCAAGUUGGCCGUGGAUUAUUUCAACGCAACGGAGAACGUGGAAACGCUCGAAUCGAGCAGCCCGCAGUCUUUGCCCAUAGUACCAACCGAGUUCAAUCUCUCCGGAUCCAUCCAAUUAACCACGAGGGACGGCGAGGGUGUGAACGUGUCGGACUCUCAUCACUCGUUAUACAUAAGAACAAGCUCGGAGGAGAGACUGAAGCAGGAGGUGCAACGUACGAUAUCCAUGUCGUCUGAAAAUCACUCGGAAGCGUUCUAUUCCGCCGACGAAGAUAUGAGCCACGGCUUGAGCGGGAGCCGAACGUCCAGCUUACGUCAGUCUAUCGUCGGCUCCGGUUGUGUGUUGAAUCGCAACGACAGCAUAAAGAAGAAAUUUUCGUCGGACCUGUCGAUCGUCGAGAGCUCGGCGAACGUGAACCUCUCGGUCGCGGAUAAGGCGCACACGCUGGAAAGAGCGAAGACGCAGAUUUUGAGCACAAAGAGGAGCCCGAGGAUCAACAGGAAUACCAGCUUCCAGAAUGAGGUCGAUCAGAUCGAGAACGGCGGCUUGCAGGACUCCUCGGACAGUCAUUCGGUGUCGUCCACUAGCUUCAUCUCCGCCGUGUCGUCGCAGGAAGACGUCACGCUGGUCAACUUGCACAUGCAAGUGAACAAACCGAUCGUGGACUCGCCGUUACUGAUGUCCAGCUACGUCAGUCACCUGACACAGGUACGUUGCUCGAACUGGCAUCAGUCGUCGUUGCCCGCGGGCGGUGACGCCUUCACCACUCCGGUGUUCCAACGCGCGGACGACGGCAGAUUGGUCUACGUCGGCGGGCGAUACGUGCCGAAGCUCGACACGGUUACGGAAGGCUUCACGUCCCUGAAAAUGAUAACGCGCUCCGACGGCUCUCCCGUGGCGAGUUCGUCCAACAAGACACCCACGCACCCCUACCUGUGGGACGAUGCGUCCUUGAAUCAGACGGAAGGCGAGAACGAGCAGGCAAUGCACGGCGAGGAGGAGCUGCUGGCGAUACUGAACGAGACCGGCUCGCGCACCACGGUGAUCGUGAAGUUCAAGGGGGACGUCGACAUCAUGCUGAGUCCCAUGGUCCUCGAGUCGCUUCAGCGCUUCAUCGAUAGCAUCAUACCGACGUUGGGCACUCUGCAUCCGUUGACGAUUCUCAACCAUCUUCACAACGAGUGCAUAGGCAAAGUGGAGGACGCGAACAUCCUGAAGCAGGACCAGAGCUUGUCGUAUUGGAGCCAGGUGCAAACCAGCUCGAAGCGCUCCACGGCGGAGAGGAAUAUCAAAAAUGGUCAAGGCAAGAUCGCGUUGCAGACCAACGUCUACGAGGAGAGCAUCACCACGCAGGUGCAGGGCAGUAUUAUCUUGCCGAAGCUGAACCUAACACUGUUGCAAGCGUCCGUCGUCGAAGAAAUCAUCUCGUUCUCCGCGUUGGAAAACAUUCGCGAUCUGACGUGCGUGUCGAUGUUCGCGAUUUGCCUGGACGACGUCACCGCUCGUUUCUACCUGGGAAAGCAAGCUCGAGAGGUCGUUCAGACCUUCCACAAGCCGGCUGCGUUGCCGAACCAGAAGAAGGUGAACAAGAUCAGCAAGGCGUUUCUGCCUGGACAUCAAACCACCGCGGUGGUGGCCGACAUGGGUGGCGGCGAGACGGUGUACAUCGAGACGUCGGAAAAGCAACAGGAGGAGAUCAUAGUUACUCUAAACAUCGGCAAGGCGCAUUCUCAACUGAGGAGACUGAGGAACGAGUCCUCGAUACUGAAGGACGCGGUGAUAACCGCCAUACCGGCGCACUAUUCCAAGGUCUUGUUCACCUGCACCAGAAUGACGUCGCCGUUGAAGUGCGUCGAUUAUUACCUGCACCAUCUGAUCGACGAGAAGGAGAAGCAAAACAAGCAGACUGGACCGCCGCAAGCCACCGAGGAAUUCACCAUGGGAUGCGGGGAAGAUAGACUGGGAUUCAUCAUGUUCGAGUGCGGCCUGGAGGGGAUUAAAUUGAAGGUGGUGAAGAGAUCUCAGUUUGAGAAGGGGGAGAACGGCGACAGUGACAAGAAGAAUGAUAACGAGAUAUUUUGCACGGACAGUGUCAAGAGCCAAGAGGAACUGGACAACACUGCUGCGUCUGCGGCGACCACCGCAGAGACGGAAGCGAAGCCGGCGAACCCAUCUACGGGCACUCAGAUGAACAUGAGCGCGACAUGCACCAGUCUCACGUCCAAGGUGGCAAACGGCAACACCGUGUCCUGCGUGAUCGAGCUGAAGACGGUGUGGUUCAACUUCGCCGCUCCGCCGCGCACCCCGAUUACACGGAAGAUCGAUUACACGAGAUUGGACUGGAACUUGCUCAGCACGGCCUCGCCGGCGAUAAACGCUUGGAUGAAUCCCAGCAAUAAAUUCGCUAUCCGAAUCGUCCACAUGUUCAGGACUAUGUAUCGAAGAUCUACCGCCAUCGUCGCCUGUCUCAUGGCGGAGGCGUUGGACGUGCAAGGGCUUCACAUGCCUCAGAAGAGUCGUUACGGAAGAUUGACGCCAUUGGCGAAAACGCUGCAGGAGGAUCCCUCUUGUCAGUUGUGCAGCAUAUUACAAAAUUACGUUUUGUUGUCUGAAAUCGCGAAUAUCGAAGCCAACCUGAAGGAAUCCGAUCUGCCGCUUCUCUCCACGCUCCGGCAGGGCGUUAUCGUAUUAAGUAGACAAUGGAAGAAUGUGCUUUACACGCCGUUAUUAUUGGAGCAUAAUUACAAAACCAAGCACGUUAAGCCGUUGAACGUUACUUUCGCCGUGUCAGAUCCUGAUGAGGAGAAUCUGUUGACGGAUGGGGAAGGUAGCGCAGGAGAUGUUGAUGAUCAAGAGGUGACAGAUGAAUGUGCUAUGCUCAUCCAUGCGGACCAUAUGCACAAACAUAUACAUAUCAAAGGACAAGACAAGACACCAGGUAUGUGUGGUGAUGGUUUGACGGUUCCUGUAAGUUCUCCUCGCGGGAAAGACACGACCCCCUUAGCAACACCGGUUCCAGGCCCGGAUUCAUUUACCUCUCCCUCUCCACCCGUAGCUCUUCCAAAGAGAGGAAAAUCGUUGCAACCAACGCAAGUGCCUGCUAGUACACGUGCAAGUAUCGUUUUCCCAUUGCUCACCAGUGGUGGGCUGUUCAGUCAAACACGAGAGCCAAAUAACAUAAGUUACGGAACGCUCAGAGAAGAGAAGACCCCGCAGAUUCAUGUUUCGCAUUCGCAUCAGCUCGGUUCCAAUCCUAGUAUUUAUUCCGGAGGUAUAGGUCACGGCAGCCAGCACAGCACGGGGAGCUUAGAUCAAGUGACGUCUCCCACGAGCCAUUCCACGAAGCCCAUUAAUACGGGGGAAGAUCUGUACAGCUGGAUGGCUAAACAGCAGGAGUUCAUCAAAGACAAUGACAAAGGAAACUUGAAAGGGAAUUGGGUCUUUCGCACAGAGCAAAAGUCUAUGAAGGACUCGAAGAUCAAUACCAUGACUACCGACGACACCGAGGACUCCGACAUUCAAAGCGGCGCCUUCCUCUAUCCUAUGAAAGACUCUCUGCGAUUGUUGGACGCGCAUCUGAUCUUCGAGCCGCUCCUGUCAUCCUUGUCAGUGAUGCCGCAGCAGAUGUUAUCCGUCAUUGGAUCGGGAAACGUAAACAAUAUGUCUUCCUUGGACUCGUUAGGCUCGAAUUUGUCUCUCGUCGGCAGUAUGGACACCAUGCGCAUCGACAUAGUCGUGAGCGAAUUUGGAAAAGUAACGGAUAAGAAGAAAAACAACAAGUAUCAAGCGAGAAAGGGAAACAACUCGAAGUUCUACCUCGACAUACCGCCGGAGACCCCGGCCUUCUUGUGCGAAAGAAUCGGCAUAGAUAUAGAUGUUAAGAAGAUGGCCGACAUGACGGUGGACGACAUGAUACAGAAACAGAACGUCUUGUAUAUAUCCAGAGGCCAAUUGAAGAAGCACACCAGCACGGUAGUGAACAUCAGUCUGAAUAUCCGCUACAUCAGCCAACAAGUGAACAUGCCUCUCCUCAGAUUGCUACAUCAGAUAAGCAACAUGUAUCAGAAUGUGAAGGAAACGCAAAUGGAGCUGAAGGAACAACAGCCGGAGGGGAAACGCAACACCAACAUAAUCGUAAGCGAUACCGCUGCGAAGAACGGCUCGUCGUCAACGUCCGACCUGCAAGAGCAGUUCCUCGUUGGCGGCAAGAAAGUAGACGCACCGUUGCUCCGCAGCAGUUUCGAGCCGAACCAGUCGAAGAUACCAGGCGCGACCGUGCGGUCUCGGCCGCAGAGUUUCGCGCAGAAACUGCGCAGCACCGGCAAGAGCGUGAAGGGCUACAUCAACUUGAGCGAGGGCGUCAUCACCCCGAGCUUCGGGGCGAGCCCCAGCGGAUCCGGACUGGACAAGUUCACCGUGCUGUCGGACAAGUGCAAAGACAGCGCGCACUUGACGCCGCGUUGCUGGAAGACCAUAUACUACCUGCUGGAUCUCUACGCGACUCGCCCGGAAACGAAAACCAUCACUCACCGGUUCUCGAUACCCGCGGAUGCGGCGGAGCACUACAAGAGUGGCAGGAAGUACGAGAUUUUGAACGAGACCAAGGAGACCGACGUCGAGAAAGGCUUGCAUGAGAACAGUUCGACGCCUAUCCCUCCGUCCAGAGAGUUAAACAUUGUGACGGGCGAGAGAACGCGGCUGAUCAUCUUCGGCGUCGCGCGGAUCCACAGGACCAGGUUAUUGGCUACUCUGAGCGGUUUGAAGCUCGAAGCGGAGAUCACCAGUCUGCACGCCAGCCUGACUUGUCGGAAGAAGUCGCGACCCGCGAGUCUAGAGUGCAGUAUGACCGGGCAAAUCGGGAGGACCAUGAUCGUCCUGCUGGAGGGUGUCGCGCCCAGCCAGCAGACGGUUGUGAAGGUCACCGUCGGCAAGUCCCAGGCUCUGUAUUCCAGCAUCACGAGACGCCAGAAGGACAAGAACAGCGGCCUGUUGACCGUCGGCGCCGUGAACAUCGAUAUACCUCAGCAUCCUGUGGCCUUGCACGGAAUGAUGACCAGAGGCAGCAAGCAGCUGUCGUCGACCUUGCAGGAGCUCCGAGUCACCAGGACAUCGUCGAGAAUGUCGCGAGGACAACAGCAGGACGAGGUGGAUACAGCUGCUCCGGGCAGCCCGCAUCAUUACGCGCCGGCCCCCUCGGUAGACGUGGAAAAGCCGCAGGCGGUGUCCGGCCUCUUGGAACCUAUCGUCAUGCAGUUUCACAUUAUACUUCAGAGUCUGAGCAUCACCGCGGCGUUGUUACCGUCCCUCCAGGCGCAGUACAAGAUGGAUCAGGUGAACAGUUCCGGCAUAACCGGUAGCAAGGCUAAGUUCACCAUCGACCUGCCGCAUCACAAUCUGAGUUUCACGACGAAGCUGCAAGUGACGGAGGCGAAUCUGCCGUCCGAAGCCAGCAUUGAGCUGCCGAAAGUGCACGUCUCGGCCGAGUACAUUCAAGACGGCAGCAGCAGCUUGAACGACAGCAAGCUGGCAGAUGGGGUCGUAUUGCGGCAGGGUAGCUACCUCAGUGCGACUGCUGAUAUCGGAGUGUUCGAGCAUUCCUUGACGACGGAUCUCUUAAACCAUUUGGUGUUCGUGCAGAAAGUGUUCAUGAAGGAGGUGAACGAAGUGGUGCAGAAGGUUUACGGGGGCGAGAAGCCGGUGCCCCUGUGGCUCGAGGACGACGAGUCGAACAGCUCGACGUUGAAGCGAAUCUUGUUCUCGUUAAUUAUACGUAUCAAGAGGAUUCAGCUGACCGCAACGACUCCGACGAACUCAGCGGUGCGGCUGGAAACCGGCGCGGUGGAGUUCCAAUUGUCCAACCGAGUGCAAAACGUCUCGGGCGCCACUCAACCGAAUCCCUACAUGAAGUUGUUCGGCAAGGCGCAAGUGGACAUCAACCUGAGCCUGGGCCAGUUGCUGAAGAACGUUCUGUUCGAAGAGGUCGAGCCCGAGUUCCAGCAGUUCGCCUUUUUCAACACCAGAAUAGGACUGCGAAAUGCGUUUCAAGAGGAGAUGGUCCAGGGCGAAGACAAGGAGGUGGUUCUGAUCACCCUGAAACGGCCGUUAAUCUACAUACAACCGAUGGCGAUCGACAAAGCCAUACUCGUGUGGCUGAAUUACAAGAACGCGUACGAAUACUGGAACGAAAAGCGGUCGAACUUGAACAAGGAGGUGCUGACCGCCACUCAGCAGGUAUUCGAGAAGGUCCCGUUCGGGCAGCUGACGAGUCAGCUCAGCGCACCGCACCUGGGAACAUUGUUCCUGCAAUUGACCGUCGACGAUAUGGGCAUAUGUUUGCCGCUGAAUCCCUUACCGCCGAACAAUUGGAGGAUGAACCGAGGCCUCUACGACGGGGAAUCGCGAGGCGCAGUCGUGGUGACGCUCGAAAACACAAGCAUAUCCGCCUGCAGCAGCGGUAGUUUAGUCAGCAAAGGAAGAUUUGUCGGAUUGUGCUUGAGGUUUGCGGAGGACUUCGAAACUUCUCUGGACGACUGGAAGCCGGAUAUGACUGACAGCAAUAUAAUGAAUUUGUGCGUAGUGUCGGAGGGCACUUACGAAGUUUGCAGCAGGACCAUCGCGCAGAAACAAGACAAGUCCGACAAUGCAAAGUGGAUCUUAAACGUUCAAUGGCAAAUGGAGGGAGUUGACAUCCACCUCGAUGUCAGUGUGGGACAACAGUUGUCGGCUCUUGGGCACACAUUAACAAUGUUGACCGGAUCUGAGGAGGAAGACGACAUUCACAUACCUCCAGAUUACGACAGUGACGACGCCGAUCAGCCAGAUAAUAGCACUAGCCAGGUUAAGAGAAAAGAAAGCAUAUUGAUGAAAAAAUCGAAGAAUUGGACCGACAGUCUGCCGGCGUUUAUCUUCGAUCCCACCCUCGACGCGAAGAAGAGAUCGAAACUGAUAGAGAAGGAAAUGAACGAACAGGCUAAAAUUAUAAACGACCUGCGAAUAUUGGGCGCCUCGCACGGAACGAUCGAGCAAGAAAUGAAACGUCUGCAUGAGCUGGAAGCGAUGGUGUUCAAGGACUUCAGGAGGGAUAUGAUUCAGAAGCUGAGAAGGCAGUCGGUCAAAGCUUCCGGUAUCAAGGGUAAAUUGGGCCUCGGCAGUAAAACGAGCGCUUACCGCUCGAGAUCGUUCAUCGUACCCUCGCCUACACCGGAGCACCAGUUGGAAAGCCCGGAAGACGUGAAUACGGAGAUUAAUUCGGCGAAUUCGGCCAGCUACGAAAGCAGUCCUAGAAGCGGCCCCAGUCGGUCGGCUUCCCUGCGUGUGAGAGGGCUCGGUGGGCCAAGGGUCACCUUCAGCGACACGCACACGAUGUGCAGGCAAUCGUCUCUACCGAGCGCCGGUUCUGACUUGAGUUUACCAGAAGGAGAGUUAGAGUGGCCCGAAACUAUCGAGAUAGAAGGGGAACGAGUCGAAUUGAGGAAGAAGAAUAGGGACAUCAGUUGUACGUCUAGUUACGACAGUAUGGAGGGAAAUGCACCGUUACUCGAUUCGUUCGGCAAGGAGCAAGCGUCGUCGACAUCGUCGCCGUACAUCACGUCUCAGAAGGCUCAAGAGCCCAACAUAGAUUUCGAGCUUGACGUCAAAGUUUUGAUCAACAGCGGCAAGUGCGUGCUGCACACGAAAGAUCCAGGGAGGGAAGACGAGAUUAAACUCUUGAGCCGAAUGAAGAAAGAGAGAUCAUGUUCGGGCGGUACAUUCGAGUUUCAACCGGGUAGUCCCAGCAGCAGCAGGAAACACUUAAAUAGCAAGGAGAAAUCCUCGGCAACUAGCACGUCCCGAUUGAGAUACCUGCAGCAUACAAGUGUGCCUUUAGUAGAUUUAACGAUAUUUCAUAUUCCCGGUUUAGACGUCAAGGUUCAUUACGAAUCGAAAACUCUGCCGGAGGAAUCGCUGUCUCCGCGCGUGUCCGCCGAGAACAGCCUGUUGAAUCCGAUCACCAUGACGGUGCUCAGGAAAUCCAGCACCAAGAAGGCCAGCCUGUUCGCCUGGAUGACUCUGCAAAGUAUUCCAGAGGAGACUAUCAUAAGCCCUCACAUCCUCGAGUUCUUGGAGCAGACAUUAGAACCGAUCCCGAGCAAGAACAAUUUCCAGAGCAGCGCGCAGACGAACGCCGGCUUUCUCUUGGAAAACACGGACACCUCGUGGGCCGCCACCGCCGCCAGCAGCAACUACGUAUACGCCAGUUUCCCGGUCGACGUCAUAGUGUACUUCCACAUGCAGCCGUCUACGUUCAGAUUCUCGUGCUUGCCAGUUUCGCGAGUGGAAUGCAUGCUGCAACUGCCGUCCCUCGACAUCGUGUUCUCGUCUAAACGGGCGGAGGAGGAGCUAAUCGAGUUCAGGGAGUUCAAGUCGCAAAUGAACGCGCAAACAACGGGCAAGGAAGCUGGCUCAGCCAUUGGUGGGUUAUCCGUCACCGGUUGCUUGGCGGACUUUUCCGUUUACAUCUUUCACCCGUACGGCGGCGGUAAGAAGACCGGCCUGAAGGAAGCGCAAUGGUCGCCUCUGUCGGACAGCGAGAGAAAGGACUCGUUGAGCAUCAACGUGGAGUUCGUCAAGUUUCAUCUGUCGAGGAGCAGGAAACUGAACUUCCAAAGCGAGCAGCUCAAGAAGCUCUCGGAUACCAGCCGUGCCGUCAUACGAUUUUCAACGAUCAUCGAUAUCGGAUCCGCCUCCUUCAAGUACGACAUGCGCCGACUGACGGAGAUCCUGGCCUUCCCGAAGGCCUGGUACCGGCGCAGCAUAGUGCGACGCUUAUUCCUCGGAGACCUGAGUUCAGGCGCUUUAUAUUCCGAAGGAGACGGCAGCCCGCCGUUGAGCCAGGAAGAGCAUCAGGCGGUCAUGGGCAGUUCACUAUUAAAACAUUACGACAGGCACGUGUGCGACCCAUUGUCCAAGAGCGCGCCCGAACGGAGCCCCGUGUUGAACAGGGACAAGUUGAAAUUGAGCUUGGAAAAUGACGCGCCGAGACCCGCGCGUUUGAAAGAUAUCGGAAGAGGGUGGAGCUUCACCACGGACAAGCAAAUCUCGUCUGAGAUCAAGCUGAGGGAGUCUGCGUGGGAGACGCUGGUGCUGUUCGCGGUGAAUUUUACCCGCCUGAACGUGCACAUGAACAUGGGUAACGUGAUGGGUAACGUCAGCUGGAUGACGAAGGACUUCAGAUCGGACGGAAGACUGUCCAUCGGUAGCACGGGACACAAAAAUCUCUACAUAGGCAUCGGUCUAGGGGGAUCGAGCCUGGACGCGAAAGGUGGUAUCGUUGGUGGGACAAUUGAGCUGAGCAGAAUCGAUACUUACAUACAUAUCCGAGAAGAACCCGGAACAGAGCCAGAUCAUACUGUGGGCUUGAAGUUAUUCGCAUUGGAAUUGCGAUUGGACUACAUGGGCACGAGCGUCUUGAUGUCUCGGGUGUCCUCGUUAGACGUUACUCUGAGGGACGAGUGGAAGAUCAAUCGCAGCAGCGGCGGAGAUGCCUUUAUGCCGACUAGGAGGCCCGCGAUCAUUUUUAUGCACGGAGAUCUGGGUUGGGAUCAGCUGCAGAUCAUGAUCAGCAAAUCGACAACGGCCGAUCUAUUGAAAAUGUUUUACAAGCUCGACGAGUUCUUCAGCCAGCAAUUCAAGAGCAGCAAACGCGUGUUCAGCUCACUGCAGCCGAAGCAUCAGAGGAUGAACAGCAGCAGUUUCAAGAAAAGGCAACAGAAGAAGAGGUCCGCCGCUGACGGCCCGUGGAGUUUAAACCAGACUGCGAUAUCAGACGCUAGACAUCAUAGACACUGGCAGAGAGUGUUGGCUCAGGUAGCCGGUCUUCAAUUAGGAAGCUUAAGGUUUUCCCUACCGUCAACCGGUACCGUCCUUGGUGGUACAAUGGAGCUCCACGGCUCCAACAUUAGCUUAGCCUGUUUUCACGGGAUUAAUUUUAAGAGCAAGAGCUGGGCCCUGUUCUCGCUGAAGGAACCCUGCAUCAGUUUCGCCACAGAGGCUCAGGAGAUCCCAAGUGUUGAAACGCCUAACACGUGUGACGUUCACGUCGUGCAAACCUUAACCAUCAGCCUGGGCCAUCAGCAAGAACAGCACGCGCGGCAUCAUUCCAUGGCAACCGUCUGUAGAUUAAGUCGAAGUGUUCUAUUUCCGCCUCAGUUCAAGUCUCUGCAAGAGUGGUUCCAUUAUGCGUUCGCCAGUAGUGAGAUCGACGCGGUAGACCGAUUUCCGUGCGUCGAGAGAGACCGAGUAGACAAUACAGCCGACGCUGGUAGCACAACACGCGGCAGAAGCACGUCCGCAUCGUCCAGCAAACUGCAGGAACAUUCGCACACGCGGGAGGUGAUAUUCGCUUUGCCGUCGAUGCAGUUACAUCUGAAAACGGAGCACCUGCAAACUGCCCGAACACCGGAUGUCAUAGGUGAGAAACCAUUAGUCGAGUGCAGCUUCAUAACGGAAUUCGAGGAUCACAUUUUCGUCACCGUGGACGCUGAAGCCUUCUUCUUCUUGCACGAUCUCAUCACGUCGUAUGUGAAAGAAAAGGAAAGAGUGCAUACGAUGCAGAGCAUGGGCGCCCGAGCGCACAGUCCCGACCCGCCGGAGAGGAAGAGCGCGAGCACCGCCAACGCGUCCAACGUGACUUCCGUCACUUCCGAAGACGAGAAGAAGCGCAAACAGUUCGACCCGGCCGAGAUGUUCAUCAAAGACUGGCGAUCGUACAGAUGCAAGACCUGGCACUUGGAGCCGACAGUGAGGCUGCUCUCGUGGGCCGGGAAAAGUAUAGAACCUUACGGCAUAGAUUACAUCCUGCAAAAACUGGGAUUCUCUCACGCGCGCACGACUAUACCAAAAUGGAUACAACGAGGAUUCAUGGAUCCUUUAGACAAAUUACUCGCCGUUCUUAUGUUAAGGAUGGUAUUAGCUGUUCGCGAGGAAUCAUCGGAGGAACUGAGGGAAUACAAACGGGAGAAAUAAUACCAGAUUCUUUUUCACAGAAGCAUCGAAUGUAUAUGAUAAUGAUCUCGUGGUAUACGUAUCCGUUUCGAGUAUUUUAUGCGAAUAAAGUAUUACAAUGGUGCAAUAACUGAUUAAAAAAAAAAAAAGAG